GAAGAAGAAGAAAAGACUGCGCAGAAACCUGCGCAGUAGUCGUUUCUUCAAUCGAAUGAUGGCGGCGAGUGUUUUGAUGGAGUCUGGGGACUACUUAGCUUAAUUUGUUGGAGUAACACCAUCCUAGAACCCCCAUUGUGAGGGGUAAAAAUAUAGCGUCUGUAUCAAUCGACAAUGUUUGAUGUGCAGUAAUCAUUCUGAGAGGAAUCCAACUUCCUUAAAUCAAAGGAUCAAAGCUAGCCGUUACCGUUUGCUGCGGUGGCCUAGCUAAUAUUAACUAGUGUUGUGAAGUUGGGACAGUGUUUUCGUUUAAAGGGCUCAUUACAGGGCCCUCUUCUAACAUUGGUGUUUUCGUGAUACUACGGCUGGAUCUGGACUUAUCUUGUUCAUAGUGUGAUUAUACUGAUUAAAGAUUAUCUUACCUUUAACUGACGUCAGCUCGUGUAAAAGCCAGUGUGACUACGGCUUCUUAAGACAAAAUCGAGGACAAGUGGUUAUCCAUGUCCACGGGUUACUGUAGACUAAUAGUCUUUAAUAACAUCAGCAAACAUGUCUUUAGUCGCCUAUGGCAGCAGUGAUGAGAGUGACUCAGAAGAAAGCUCGAGCCCUGUCGCUCCGGAUAGCAAAUCAAGAUCAGGGCUUUUCUCGCUGUUGCCUGCGCCUGAAAAGACAGAAUCAGCAGCUGGAAACGAUGAAACAAGUAAGGAGACAAAGGUGAAACCAUCAGCAGAGGACAGUACGUCAAACGAUGACCCAGAUCCUCGGCCAUCUAGAGGAGACUUGUUUUCUAGUCUACCUAAGCCGAGGAAGCGAACGGAGCCUGUCAAGAUCACAGUACCGCAGAUCCAGAGACAGGAUUCAGACUCCGAUGAUGACGAACCAGCAAAGAAGAAACUACAAGCUCAGGGUGCAGGUUCAGGCCUAUCUUCCCUUCUACCACAACCCAAAAACCUGACAGUGAAGGAGACCGACAGACCCCUGAUUCCACAUGCGCUGACCAAACGUCAAGAACCCAAAGGACCCAAACCUGGAACACCCGCUCAGGGUCUUGGUUCUAGUGCGUCUCCCUCUGCUAUCAAAGCUGCAGCAAAGUCAGCUGCCCUGCAGCUGGCCAGACAAAUAGCCACUGACGACCAGGAUAAUGAAGAAGACAUAACUCCACAGAACUACUUUUCCCUAGGUGAGAGCUCCCACCCCCUCCCUGCAGUUGUCCCAAGCUUAGAUCCUGAGCCAGGAGCCCCAGCAGAGCCUCUUCCCUUCUCAGCUGCUGAUGAGCCUGGUCAGUCAGAUGCCCCUCUUGACUUUGGGGGGAACCAUGAGGGAGCUGGUGCAUGGGGAGGCCAAUAUUCUCAGUAUCAGCAGCCCAUGACAGGCCCAGAGGCAUUCCCCCAGGGAUACUAUAAUGAGCCAUACUACGAGGAUCCUGACCCUGGAUUGGCAGAGGCUGAAGAGCCUGGUCACUCUGCCAUGUUUGAUGAUGAAGCGUUCAUGCGGCUGCAGGGAAAAAGAAACAGAGGCAAAGAGGAGGUGAAGUUUCUGGAGAUCAAAGGGGAUGACCAGCUCAGUGGCAACCAGCAAUGGAUGACCAAGGGCAUGACAGAAGAGAAGCAGACCCGCCAGUCCUUCAGCAAGAAAAAAGGAGAACAACCUACAGGGCAACAGCGGCGCAAACAUCAGAUAACAUAUCUAAUUCAUCAGGCAAAGGAACGGGAGCUGGAGCUGAAGAACAGCUGGGCAGAAAACAAGCUAACCCGCCGGCAGACCCAGGCCAAAUACGGCUUCUAAACAUCAUGCUGCGGACUCUCGGUGGCACAUGGACACCCGGGAUUUGAGAGUAGAAUAGUAUGCAUAACUUAAUAGAGAUGUUCCCUCCAUCCUGUAUUUGUUUUGAAUCAUUAAUAUUCAGUAGUUCUUUUGGUCAGCUGUUUAACAUGUUACUCCUACAUCAAAACUCCAUUCACAGCCGUUGAACUCUUCUGCAGCAGUAGUACAUAUACAGUAAUUUGACUUAUUUUUUUAAAUUGCACUGUACCAACAAGUCAGUGUGUUUUAAGGUACUGUUGGCCCGUCACUGGCGGAGAGAACGUAAUGUGACAGACGUGGACAUUUCAGAUGUUUUGCUUUGAAUAUGUAUGCUCCCUGUUCAUAUGGUGAACACUGAUGUGUGACUCCAUUUUUUUGAAAAAGACAGACUGCAAAAAUGUUUGGUUCUCUGGUAAUCAAAAAUAUUAGUCAUUCAAAAGCUGACAUAUAGAUUGAAUUAUCAACUUUGUAAUAAAAAAUAAAGUUGUUGGAAUUUGUUGUUGAA